CGGAUGGGGGCGCCGGCAAGGAACGAGAACCGAGAGGCCUGGAGAUGAAUCGGGGUCCUCCCUGAAACUGUGCAAAGCCCACCCUAAACCAGACACUUGGUUUCCAAGAAAACCUUUUUUUCCUCUUCCUACAGCUAGGUUGAGAGGGACACUGUAACGACAGGGACUCAAGGGAGUUUCCCUUCUCCACCAUCACCCACCAGCCUUCCAGGGAUUGUGACUUUGUCUCCGGGUUGCUCUGACCUUGAGCUGUCCUUGUGCCACCAGGGCCGCUUUCCCGAGCGCCCCCGUAACCGGCUGGCCUGGGCUGGGAGCCUCCGGAGGUGAAAGGGGACUGGCUCGGAAAGGAGCUGCCUCAAGUUCAGGCGGGGUGUUGCUGAGUUUGAAAUUGAGGCAGAGACACGGGGGGGGGGGGGCGCAUUCCUGGAACCCGGCCCCGGAUCGCUCACAAAUGCGCCAAGAAAAAACCGUCACCGAAAGCCUAGAGACAUGGUGCUUUACUCCUGAAUCGUACAAAUCCUGUAUUUUGAAACCUGUGUCUCUAGGGGUUAACUUGAAACCCGAGGAACUCCCAUAAAGAGACAGCUGCGGCUCCGCGCCGCCCCGGGACUCUGGGGUCGCGCGCGUAGGCGGUGGCCUCCGAGUCGCGCGCGCAGGCGGGUAGUGGGUGGGUCCCAAAGGCCCGGAUCCCGGAGCCCGCACUUGUUACCCGCCUUCCCCCGCUCGGCGUCGGCGACAGGCGGCCAGAAGUCCCGAGAGGCGGAGAAGUCCCAGGGGCUGGCACGGGCGACUGUGACUCAGCCUGAGGUCCAGGGGCCGCCUCCGCCACGAUGGGGAGACGAGCGCGCGCACCGGGCGCCGGGGACAGCGUGGGGCGCGCGCGGGGCGGGAGGGGGCUGGCGGUGUUGCUGGGUGGGCGUGACCGGAAACGCUCCGCCCCCGGAGGCCGCGGCGCCCGCCCGGCGGUACUUAAGGCUGCCGUGCCCGCGCGCGCCGCGUUUCCCCGCAGGCCCCGGCCGCGGUGUCCUCUACUUCACGGCGACGGCGCUAUGGAGCGGCCGGCCCCCCUGGCGGUGCUGCCCUUCUCGGACCCCGCGCACGCCCUGAGCCUGCUGCGCGGCCUGAGCCAGCUGCGCGCCGAGCGCAAGUUCCUGGACGUGACGCUGGAGGCGGCGGGUGGGCGCGACUUCCCCGCGCACCGCGCCGUGCUGGCCGCCGCCAGCCCCUACUUCCGUGCCAUGUUCGCCGGGCAGCUGCGCGAGAGCCGGGCGGAGCGGGUGCGCCUGCACGGGGUGCCGCCCGACAUGCUGCAGCUGCUGCUGGACUUCAGCUACACGGGCCGGGUGGCCGUGAGCGGCGACAACGCCGAGCCGCUGCUGCGCGCCGCCGACCUGCUGCAGUUCCCCGCCGUGAAGGAGGCGUGCGGCGCCUUCCUGCAGCAGCAGCUCGACCUGGCCAACUGCUUGGAUAUGCAGGACUUCGCCGAGGCCUUCAGCUGCGCGGGGCUAGCGAGCGCGGCGCAGCGCUUCAUCCUGCGCCACGUGGGCGAGCUGGGCGCAGAGCAGCUGGAGCGGCUGCCGCUCGGCCGCCUCCUGCGCUACCUGCGCGACGACGGGCUGUGCGUACCCAAAGAGGAGGCCGCCUACCAGCUGGCGCUGCGCUGGGUGCGCGCAGAUCCGCCGCGCCGCGCCGCGCACUGGCCGCAGCUGCUGGAGGCCGUGCGCCUGCCCUUCGUGCGCCGCUUCUACCUGCUGGCGCACGUCGAGGCCGAGCCGCUGGUGGCCCGCUGUCCGCCCUGCCUGCGGCUGCUACGCGAGGCUCGCGACUUCCAAGCGGCGCGCUACGACCGCCACGACCGCGGGCCUUGUCCCCGCAUGCGUCCCCGCCCCUCCACCGGCCUCGCCGAGAUCCUCGUGCUGGUGGGCGGCUGCGACCAGGACUGCGACGAGCUGGUCACCGUCGACUGCUACAACCCGCAGACGGGCCAGUGGCGCUAUCUGGCCGAGUUCCCAGAUCACCUGGGCGGAGGGUACAGCAUCGUGGCGCUGGGCAACGACAUCUAUGUGACAGGUGGCUCAGAUGGUUCCCGGCUCUACGACUGCGUGUGGAGGUAUAACUCGAGCGUGAAUGAGUGGACAGAGGUGGCGCCCAUGCUGAAGGCGCGUGAGUACCACAGCUCCUCGGUGCUGGACGGGCUGCUCUACGUGGUGGCCGCGGACAGCACAGAGCGCUAUGACCACACGGCCGACUCCUGGGAGGCGCUGCGGCCCAUGACCUACCCCAUGGACAACUGCUCCACCACGGCCUGCCGCGGGCGCCUCUACGCCAUCGGCUCCCUGCCUGGCAAGGAGACCAUGGUGAUGCAGUGCUACGACCCGGACACCGACCUGUGGUCACUGGUGGACUGUGGCCAGCUCCCGCCCUGGUCCUUUGCGCCCAAGACAGUGACGCUAAAUGGACUCAUGUAUUUUGUCAGGGAUGACUCCGCAGAGGUGGAUGUGUACAACCCCAUGAAGAAUGAGUGGGACAAGAUCCCAUCUAUGAAUCAGGUGCACGUGGGCGGCAGCUUGGCCGUCCUGGGCGGGAAGCUGUAUGUGUCAGGUGGCUACGACAACACAUUUGAGCUCUCAGAUGUAGUGGAGGCCUACGACCCAGAGACGCGAGCGUGGAGUGUGGUAGGGCGGCUCCCAGAGCCCACCUUCUGGCACAGCAGCGUCAGCAUCUUCCGCCAGUUCAUGCCACAGACUCCUCUGGGUGGCCGUGGCUUCGAGCUGGACAGUCGCAGUGGUGACGAUGAUGCAGGCCGGCAACCGCCAGCACGGAACCCCGAUGGGCUGCACUAGCCCCGGCCCGGCCCGGGGAGGGCACCUGUGUCAGGGCAGAGCCCAGCCAGCCCGGGCUCCAUCCCUGCCUGAGAGUUUCCUGUGCACUUCGAGCCUGAGUCACAGCUGCUGGGGCCAGGCCAGCUGUGACUGCCGCACUGCUCCCCGUCUCUGGCCCCUGAGGUCCCCCAGCUCACUCAUGCAGCUCACACCCCGCCUGCUGCCACCUCCCACAGCCCCUGCUCCUAUGUUGGGGCAGAGGCCAUGAGACCACCCUUUGGGGGCCAAAGAAUGGCGUGGACCCUCCUGCCUUCAGCUGGCCCUGGAGCGUUGGGGACCGAGCAGACCACGGAUACUGUAGGGUGCCAGGUGUCCCCUGUGCAGGCAGUCCGCCUGGCCGACUUAGCUCCUUGCCCCUGCUGAGGUCACACAUCAAAGCAGGAUGUGACUGAGGAGUGUGAGCCUGCAGGGGUCCAGAGGGGCCCCCAAGUGCCUUGUGACUGAUGCUGGGUCUGCACCCUGACACUGGCCAGUGAGACCUCACAGUGCAAGGAGACGACCCUGGGCCUCAGCCCAGGCCCAGGGAGGAGAGGACAGACGCCCAGGGCAAGGUCAUGGCUCUCACUGUCUGACACCCAGCCAGCCCCCUCCCAGGCUGUAAGAAGAACCCUCCUCGGAGAAGAAGGCGGCCGCAGUGGAUUUGCAGCUUGCUUCUUAUCAGAAGGGGGAGCAGAGGGAGUCAGAGCUGAGGUCACCUUGGCUGAGUUUUAGUCCCACGAAGUGCUGUUGCCAGUGCUGUCUGCAGGAGCAGGUGGCAGCAGGAAUGCCCAGGGAGAGAAAGCUCGGGGACCUCGGCGACCUCUGGGAAGGGAGUUUGAUCCCUGAAGGGUGCCUAAAGUGGCCACCACAUGACUCUCCCCCUCUCCUCUCCAGGGAAGGGUGUUAGGGUUGCAUCAGGUGACAGGAAGGCCUUUUUCCUGUGACCUGACUCCAAGUGAGUCGUCACGCAGACGCUGUCACCUAACCAGCAGUACCCAAACCCUGUCGCCGCCAGGUCACGGGCUGCUGUCUUAAUUUCUCCCAGGUAGCCAGGCAGGCCCUCCUGUGCCUGCCUUCUCUGUUUGGUGCCAUGCACUGUGUGUGUCACUGCGUUGUGUUAGAAAGUGAGCCCUGUCCCAUCUGGUUGGGGACACUUGUACUCGGUUGGCUCAGGAAUGGACUGGGAGGCUCCCAAAGGAAGGGCCCUAGGUUCCUGCUCUUCACUGUGCCUGGCAGCCAUCUUGCUGUCCCUAGUGGCCACACAGACUGGGCCUGGGCCUGUGUCUUUCAGUCUGUGCCACAGAGCUGUCCAGGACCCCACCACCAAGACAAGGCUUUGGGUUUGAAAGGCCACACAUGGGAAGAGCAGGCACCAUGGGCUGCCUCCACCUUAGGGUCUCCAGCCUGCAGUCCCACCUGGGGGCCCGGAGUCAGGCUCCCCUCCUCGGCCACAGGCUCUGGGUGCUGGGGUCCCCACCACCAUAGAUGUCUCCACACUGGCUGGGAAACAGAUCUUGGGCCACCCAAGGAUGGGGGCCUUCCCCCACGUGACAUUGGGCACAGGACUUAGUCUACAAGACGUUAAGUUGUGGAAGUCCGGUGACCGGUAUUUAAUGCUGAGCUGUAAGGUCUUCUGUAUUUAUGACUUCAGAGACUCUAGUGUCCAUGCAGUCACACCCAGAGGGUGGGCACGUACGCGUAUUUAUUUUUGUCUGUUCUGUAGGCAUAAGUCUCCAGAGUUUUGUCUCCAGGUUUUAGGAUGCCUUCGAUACUUUUUGAAAUAAAAACAUUUCCUAUA